UCUAUUUCCCUCUCUCGAAGUUAAGCUAACCCCAGCUACUAUCAGAUUCCAUGGAUUCCGCUAAUUCGAAUCAAAGGGAACGGAUAAAAUAAUUUCUUCAAUUCUUUUGGUGUUGUGCAUUGCUGAACUGGCCCCAAGUUGUAUGGAACAUAAUAGUGAUUUAGCACUUUUGAGUUUACGUUGGAUUCUUGAGAUAGGUUAUGUAAAUUGAAAGGGGAAAUGGUUUACAGCUGCAAUGAUGGAGUUAUAUGUAUGCUGUUCAAGGGGCUUAUAGCCACAAUCAAAAUGAAUGGCUAUGAUCAGGUUGAGAGGGUUUUGAAUGAUAUUCUUCGUGCAAUCAAUCCCUCGAAAGAAGAUUGGACAAUCAGACAUCAUAUUAUAGAUGAGGUCCGAGAAGUUAUAGGAUCCUUGGAAAGUUUGAGAGGUGCAACUGUUGAACCAUAUGGAUCGUUUGUGUCCAACCUUUUUACGAAAUGGGGUGAUUUAGAUGUAUCCAUUGAGAUACUAAAUGGUACAUAUAUUUCUUCUCCUGGAAGGAAGCACAAACAAACCUUACUGGCAGAUGUCAUAAAAGCUUUAAGAAGAAAAGGUGGAUUUCGUAGGCUGCAGUUUAUCUCCAAAGCGAGGGUACCAAUUGUGAAGUUUGAGGGGAAGUUCAACAUCUCAUGUGACCUCUCAAUCAACAACUUAAGUGGGCAAAUGAAGUCAAAAAUAUUAUAUUGGAUCAGUGGGAUCGAUACCCGCUUCCGUGAUCUGGUUCUGCUGGUCAAGGAAUGGGCCAAAACUCACCAUAUCAAUGAUUCAAAAUCUGGGAGUUUGAACUCGUAUUGUCUAAGUCUGCUUGUGCUUUUUCAUUUUCAGACUAUGGAACCUGCUAUAUUACCUCCUCUUGUAGAAAUAUACCCGGGGAAUAUGAUUGACGAGCUUACAGGUGUGCGAGAUAUUGCAGAAAAAUAUAUUGAAGAAGCUUGUACUGUAAACAUUACAAAAAUUAGGUCAGAUAGGUCAAGACCGAUCAACCGGAGCUCUUUGCCGGAGCUCUUCUUUUCCUUCCUUACAAAGUUUUCUGAUAUUUGUUCAAGAGCUUCUACACAAGGUAUCAACCCAUUUAUGGGACAUGUGGAGGAUAUUCAUACCAACACGAGAUGGCUGCCUAAAACCUAUGCAUUAUUUGUUGAAGAUCCCUUUGAACAGCCAGCUAAUACAGCUAGGACAGUCAGCAGCAAACAGUUAAUAAAGAUUGCUGAAGUGAUUCAGGUGACUCGUCAAACGCUUGUCUCUCCAAAUCAAAAUCAAGCUUCUCUUUCUUUAGUUUUGGCGGGGCCACAUCUGUCAUGGUUAGGAAGGGGAACAUCCGCAUCAACUUCCGCAACACAGCAAUCUAUGUCAGCAACACCUGUUACCAGAAAUACACCUAUUAGUAGGAACACACCUAUUAGCAGGAAUGGUGCUAAGACUCGACUAGAGAGAAAGCAGGCGCCCUUGCAAACACUGCAGAAGUCUCAGAACAAAGUAAUGGAUAGACCUCAAAAUGGGGAAAGUAACAGAUCUAAGCGUGCAUCUACAAGUCAGAAACUGCAAGUUUGGAGGCCAAGAUCCGAGCCCAAAGCAGAGAAGGACAAUUCAGGUGCCUGAGUCUAUAUUUGCUUUCGAAGACCACUCAUUUAUUAGAGCACUUAUGAAUUAGCUCUUUUCGUGGGUGAAAGGCAGUGGCGUUAUACCCAGAUGAUCUAGUUUUGAUGCCUGUCGUCUUUAACAAAAUGGAAGGCAUGCCAUUUUUUUGUUUGUACGAUUUGAAUGUGAUGCAUGCAAAGCUCAGUUCCAAUGGCUAGUGAAAAAGCUGAUGUAUUGUUACUGCUCAAAGCACUCUAAAUCUGUUGAAACUUUUCUCGAGCAUGGAGUCUUUUGCUGCAUUUGAAACUGUAGAGAAUUUUUCCGAUGCUUGUAUCAUUUUAUCUAUCGUUCAUGAAGCAACAUUUUUACUUGCAUGCAGAUGUAGAAUCUAUUCAAAAUGUAAUUUAGGGAUGUUGUAUCCUUUUGCUUGCUUAGUUAUUCAAAUCGUUGUAUAGUUCAAUUGAAUAGUUUAUAAUUAAUUAAGAUUUAUUGGUCAA